UUUACCCAUGAAAAUAAAAAGUUGGAAAGGCACGUGCGUAGCACGUGAGAUCGUCGUCGAGAGGAGCGGUUUCCCUCGGCCCACUCCAUUCAAAUCACGAGCGCUUUGCAGCGAUGGAAUCGACCGACGAAGGCGGAGGCGGAGGUGAAUUAGGGUUAGGGUUAGGGUUCGCGGAGAUCGGUGCGGUCGCGGAGGGGCUGGGGAGGUCGGAGGUUUUCCACAUCGUCAAGGAGGUUAUCGGCUUCGUCCUCUACAUGCACCAUCAGAUCCCCUCGGUUUUGCAGAGCCUUGAAAAUGAAUUUGUAGCUCUCAAGGAAGAGUUCAAAAAUUUGGUGGAUUCUGGCACAAUGCCUGCAGAAACAAAAGCUUCUGAUCAGAGGAAGCACAAUAUGAGAAAAAGAGAAGUGAAGCAGGGGAUUAAGAGGCAGGAAAAAUUGAUGAAUGGAAUUUCCAGUUUACUUUCUGCUCUUCAAGAUGCACUUGAUGAACUUCCUAGCAUUCAAGGAGUCACAUUAGUCUUAGGAGGAAGCCUCGCACGACCUUUACAUGUUUGUGACAUGUUAUUUUCUAAUGGAAGAUUCGAUUCUGGAAGCGCAAAAGAGUGCACCAAAAGUAAAGUUGCUCAAACUCUUUCCAGAAAGGCUAUUCGUGCUCUAAUAUCGAGUGGCGCAGGAAGCACUUCCACUGGCCCUUGCAAGUUGUUUCUUCUGAUGAAAUGUCCUUGCACUUUCAACUUACCUCUUCACUUCUCGCCAAAACGUGAGUUUCAUUACACCAAGAAGGUAGUACCAUUCAGGCUGCAUAUAAAAUGUAAAGCCAAAGACAAAGCCAUGAAUGAUCAGCACAGUAAUACUAUUUCCAGUUCGUGUUGCAUGUCCGAAUCCGCUCAAACUGAGGAUAUCUGGUUUCAAUGCAGGCACACAGUUAAAGGUUUAGCUUGUAAGGCGCCAACAGAAUGCUAAGAGGCUGGAAUUGUUAUGUGGAGCCAAGUUAUGACACUAUUGUUGUUUCUAACUGUAACCACUUAUCUACGAGGAGAAACUAGAAAUCCUCCUAAGUUUCUUGUAUCAGCUCAGAAUCGAAAGAUAGGAUUGCGCUUCCAUUUAUGUUCUUCUGGGUGGAGAGAAAUGCUCGCUGACAUAUGUUCAAUUCGAUCCUCUGAUCUUCAAUACAAAGUUGUGCAAGAUGUGAGCUUCCCUUUCUUUUUUUUUUUAUUCCUUUGCUGUUGUAUAUAAAAGUGUUUGCGCGCAUAUGCGGCAUUGAUUGAAGCAUCAUUCGCAGUGAUAGUGAUCAGUUCAAGAGUUCAUCCUGGAUAACCGAUACACGAUAUUGACCGCAAUAUUGCA